AGUAGACUAGAAAAGAACAGCCUAUCAGCCUUACUCGGCGGAAAGCCACUAAGUAAUGCCGCAGCUACCCAGACAUCACAGCUUCAGGCUAUGCUCAACUUUGCACAAGACUCACAACGGUUUAAGAAUAGAGACAAUCCUACAGCAUAGAACCUCUACACCACUAUCCCCUCCUACCCUACUAUCCGCUCCCGUUACCUUCCUUUUUCCUCCCAGAUUAACAAAUCACAUGUAAACUAGUAGCAAAACUCUUAAAUAGUCGUAGCCUACAUAUCGCUUAGGGCGAUAGGUCAGGGUAAAUAAAUACAACUCAACUCAACUUAA